AACGCUUUUUUAGAUUCCAAGCAAGAUCUUGCACACGGUAUUCCUGUCUGGAACCAGCUGAUUCUCACGUUUUCGGUGUGGGAGGCGACAGUGUAUGACUCAGCUAGUGUCGGGAGAGACGUUCACUCAGGUCUGGUGAGAGACACGCGUCCCCAAGUGAACACUCAAGUGGAGAUAUUGUUGUGGGUGAGCCAAGGAACCAGCGGCAGGCAGUGACCACAACACCUCACAAUGCCAGUCGUGUUCAAGAGUGAGAAGGAUCAGCCUAACGAGGCGAGCGGCAGUACUGAAGAAGACAUGGCGCGGUUGGUGAAACAAGUGAGCAUCGAGAGCCCGACCCACAAGCUCAAGGAAUGCAUCUUCAACUUUGAGACUCCCAUGCCCGAUACCCCACCAGCGGGCGCCAGGGUCAAGGUGCGCAAUGCUGGUGUCUGUUACCGCUUGAGGUCAGCAUCAUCAUCAUCAAGCAUCAAGUCAGUUGAGGCACUGCACUGUGGAUCUCCCCUUCACCACUCUGUCAGGGAUACAUCACUCUUCCCUGGCUAUGAGGUGGCUGGUACGGUGGACGCGCUGGGGGAGGAGGUCGGGGAGACAGAUCUUCAGCUGGAGGACAGAGUCAUUGUUUACCCCUAUGAGGGGCAUCCUCCUGGGUAUGCUGAGUAUAUUGCAGUGCCUGAAGUUCAGUACUUAAUCAAGGUUCCUGAUAACAUGAGUCUCAGCACAGCUGCCAUGUUGCCCUCUGGUGCAUUAUGGGCUAUGAAUACAGUAUUUCAUGCUCACCAGCAUGUAGAAAAGGUGUUGGCAGAGAAAGGGGAGACAGGACAGUGUAAGCUGUUAUUGGUGGGCACAGGUGGCCUUGCUCUUUGGGCAAUGAGGAUUGCCCGCUUCUACUGGCCAGAGAAAAGAGAGCGUAUCAACAUUAAUGUGGCUUGUCUCAGAGAUGAAGGGAUAUCCAUUGCACAAGAAUAUUUAAAGGUAAAUGUUGUCCAAUGGAAUGAAGACCUUUAUGAGGAGCAGCUGGUUGAGCGCACCAAGGAUGCCUGUGGAGGCCCAGUUGAUAUUGUCAUUGACUUUAGUGCAACUUCACGAUCCAUUCGAAGGGCCCUCAAGUGCCUGGCUCCUGGUGGUGUAAUGUUGAUGAGCUCAGAGCACGCUGAGGGACUUAUUAACCGCUUUGGACCUGUUGCUGAAAAAGAGAAUCACCAACUCAUCCCCAUUGAGUUUGGUACUCUAAAUCAACUACGGAAUCUCGUACACCUUGUUUCUAAUGGAGAGAUUGAACCUCCACCACACACCAUAUUCUCAGCUGACAGAGCCAACGAAGCCUUAGCUAAAAUUGGACGAGGCCUCAUCCCAGGACGGGCAAUCCUAGAGUUCCCUGAAGAUGAUGAGGAGUCUGAGGAGUAAACUCAUUAACAAGGAUUUUAUACGAUACUGAAAGAUGCGUAGAGGAUGGAUGAUAGAAGCUUAACAGUGACCUUCUGAGACAUUCCCUCAUGGGGGCACCCUUGAUGUGAGGGUUGUUGAGCCUCAUGAUGCAGGCUUAGUUUCUCUUCCUAGCACCUCUGCUUCAAAGUCAGGAGGUACUCAAUAAAUAGUUAGACUUCAUGUGGUACAGAAUGCUCUUUUUACUUUAAUACUGUAUUGUAAUAUGGUUUGAAUUUAUCAGCAGAAGAAGUCAAAAUUUGAAACAUUACUGAGAGAGCUUCCUGAACCAAUUUUGGUGUCUUACAGUGCUGAAUGAUUUACAGAGAGGUUACCCAGUAUGUACAGUACUUGUCUGAAAAAAGACAAUUGACUAAUUGCUCUGGCAGGGAUAUAGUGGCACUAAAAGUAAAUACCGGUGAAAUAUUAACAGUUCUCAGAAACUUCAUAUUGUAGACAACAUCAAGACCUCUUAAGGUACUGUACAUUGUUUUCAAUACUUUUUCAUCACUGCAAGAAAGGCUUAUCUCAGUCAAAAUGAUUUCAUUAAGGCUCAGGUCUUCUUAAUGUUUGUUCUUCCUUUGGCCAUUGCUGCAUCAAUUAUAUUACUGUUCUCAUUACUUUAUAUAUAUAUAUAUAUAUAUAUACAAAAAUUGAAAAAAAAAACUUAAGUGUAAUUAUAGGUACAGUACAUAAAAAAAUAUAUAUAUAGCUUUUCUUUCUGAAUGUGGCAUAUAUAAAGACUUUUCAGCUUUGUUAUUUGGUAAAGAAUAAGCAGUCAUUGAAAUACAGUACAGGUACUGUACUGUACCGUACUGAGGUUAAGGUGGUUAGAACAAUCAUUUACUGUACUCAUUUAUGGUUUUUCUUUAAUGAAGGAUUGACCAUGAAUAUAUUAUCUGACAAGGCUGUGAUAAAGAGGCACUUGUAUCACUUUAAGAAUGCCCAUAAGAUCACUUGCAUUUCUGUUAUCCCUACCUAUCUGUACUAUUGUGUGGAAGUGGCAUUUGCUGAAUUAUGAAAUUCAAAACAUGAAGGGUUUAGCAGCACACACAUGCACACACAAAAGUUAGGUUUAGGAUGUACUGUACUGUAACAAGUUUUCACAUCCCACAUUCUGGUACUGUACAGUACAGUACGUACUUUAACAACAAUAGUGGACUGGUUGUGCCAAUAUCCUCAAUAAAAUUUUAUUAUACAGUGAUGCCUCAGGUACAAGGCACUUGUAUAGUUACUUAUUUUAAAUGUGACAUUUUUAUUAUGUGAAAAUACGAAUAUGUUAUAUAUUUACAAAUAUAAAAAAUUAUACAAUCCAACAACUCAUUCACCAAGUGGAUAUAUAUCCAAGGUCUGUGUGUUGACUAUAAGUAAGCAGUUAACUAGUAAAGUUUAAGAAGUGUGUGUUAAAAUAUAUCUAUUCAUUGUUUUUACUGUACUGUACUGUAUAACAAUUGAUGUUGGCAUUACUCAACAGUGAGAGCAUUGCUUAUGACACAGCCGCCUUAUAGAAGCUCCACAGUGCUGGUCAUUAUUUGACCCGCUUACUUCUUGCAGCACAAGAGCCUUGUGUGUUAUAUAGACUGUGGCUAAGUUCCUCGUGGCAUAAGUUACACAAGUCUGCAGAAUUGAGCCCAUGGUGGAUGAGGCUCAUAAAUGUUUUUGUCAGAGAAACAAUACUUGAUGUUUGAACAGUUCUUAAGUUUUAUCUUAGGAACCAAUGAUGGAAAUGCUCAUUCAGCAUCUCACCUCAUUAUCCCUUGACAAGGUAUAUUUUUCUUGACAUUCCUUAGCGUGAUCUCUUUAAUAUACAAGAACUGUUGCAAAUACUCCAAGUUUUCCUGUCACAAAAGCAUAAGCAUCAACUUUACUAUGUGUGUAGCAGAGUACAGUGACUGUUGUGGCAGUGGUGACUUAUGUGGUGUGCUGAUUUGGCCUCAUAAUACUUGGUUAGUAUAUUAGGUGUAAUGAAACUCAUCACUGGUAAAGGAGACUUCCUCGUAACCGGAGAAACUCAUUUAUGGUAGUUCUCACUUGAGUGAAGUAGGAGUGCUUCUUGCACUGUACAGCUAAACCUCUUAAAGUCAAACCUCUUCAGGGGAAGAAACAUAUUUUUUUACUUGGUUUUAAUGUAAGUGCCAUGAGCAGUUAACCAAUAAUCCUAGCACAAGAUGUCAUAUAAAUCACAACUGCCGGAUAUAAAAAUGCAAGGUAAGUUAUUAACAAAAGUAUUUAAGUCAUUGGAAUAAUAUAUCAGAGGUUUUAUUACUGAGGCCAUUGUGAGUGUCUAUGGUUAUGGCUAUAAAUUAAGGCCAUAUACUGUAAUUGUCUUUUCUCCCCAUAGAAUAUUGUACACUGUCUGUAUAUAAAUGCAUUGUCAUAGAUUUUUGGAGUAAAAUUAUUUCAGUUUAUAUAGGGCCUAUAUACAUAUACAGUAUACUGUAUAAGAUUACUAAAGUUUAUCAGAAUAUUAUGUAUUAUACAUGUAUUAAAAAUAAUUGAAUGCUGUAUAGUCUUAAUAAAAAUGCUGCCCAAAUGAA